AUUGCUCGUUGACAUUCGACACGCCUCAACUAGAACAUUACAAUUCCUUCUUUGUGAUUAGAAGAAAAAGUUCCGAUGGACUCCGUCAGUAAAGUUGUUCCCGUCGAUCUAUCGACGUAUCUUCGAUGCUAUGGCUCGACUCUCCCCAAGGUAGUCAAGAUCACAGAGGGUUUUUAUGGAGAAGACACUUUAGAGGCUGACCAAAUACUCGUUAUCUACAAAGUCGAGAAGCAGAAAAUGCUAAUAGGCCUUGAUCACUACAAACAAGAAGUUUGUAUACCACGAAAUUCGAAACGGAAAGUUUUGCUUCUUCCACCCGGGAGUGAAGAAGAAUACAACUCAUUACAAGAAUUAUUCGAUGUUCAUCGGACGACGUAUUUCCGCGUUUUAGAAGACAUUCCUUCGCAUGGAAUUUCUUCAGAAACAACGCUGAUUCUGUUAGGCGGCCGACCUAUUCGUAACAACUCCGUGAAAUGUGAACUGAUUGGUUUGCAUAACUCCAAGGAAAUUUUUCUACCAAUUCAACUAAGAGGUAAAUUUCAGCCGCUCUUGGAUGCGAGGGAGUACUACCUGGAAGAGGUUCUUGAGCAGUUUCAGGUUCCUGUCAACAUUCGAUUUGUUUAUCAAUCACAAGCGAAUACUGAUCCAGGCCGUGGACUCUUGACAAAUCCGGGGAAUGUGUGUCUAACCAAAGAAACCGAAGUAGAAAUGGUGUUUGCAGCUUUGCCUGAUGAUCAAUUGUCCCUGUAUGUUUUCCCAAGAACACUAGAAAUUUAUGUCAGUUGUGGUUUCAGACUCACGGCAGACACAAGCAAAAAGAUCAAAGCAUGCAGACAGAGUCUUGCAGAGAACGAAAAAUCAUUAAAACGACUUGACAGAAUAAUUGCUAGUUCUGCAUUUUUAAGCGCCUUCCCAGUUAGAUGCUUUGAAUUGGAAUCGCUCCAACCCCCGUCAGUAGCACUGAUUCCGAAGAAGACGAAAACAACCGGCGUAAAACCUGAAGAGACAGCCAUGACGAAAGAACCAGAGCGUGACCGUUCACAAUCAGAGUGCAUCUCAGAAUCUUUGUGUCAAGAUGAAGACGACUAUGAAAACAUAGAAAUUGAAUGGAAUACUGUUAAGAGUGUUGAUUCGGAAACUUUAGAAAAGGUCGCAGAUGAGGCUCCACCUCUUCCCCCAAAGACUCUCCGCCAAGCAAAACCACCGUUGAUAAACUCGGACGUCACGCAAAUUCAAAGCCCUGAAACUAACUGGAAACCGGUUCCCAAACCAAGGAAGCGUCUCAAUGCCAUGUCGUUGCGGUGUCAGGAUGACUCCAACGACGAACCUGUGUCUUCACAAACACAAGACUCAAGCUCAGGUCAUGAUUUAACCGGGAGGUCUGUAUCUUCGCAGUCCAGCAGUUCCUCUGGAAAUGAUGACUAUGAGCGCGGCCCUGACUUGCCACCCAAGCCCCUUUUUCUAAGAGCUUUGGACACAAGUGAAGAAAGAAAUGCUGCUUUAGGCGAAAGUCCACCACCUCUACCUCCAAGACCGGUUAAUUCAGCAUUGGCUGAAGAUUUGGCCUACUUAGUGGUUGACGUCACGGACUGGGAAGCAGUUGAAGAGAGAGCUCUGUACACCGAUCCCAUGGAUGAUGGGAAAAGUUUUGUACCAGGUGGUGUUUGUCAACUGAACGACGACGACAACACCUAUGUUGAUAUGAAAUGUAAGGAUUCAGGAUUGGCUGAAAAGUACCCAAACGAGGCUUCUUCUGACUCUGAUCAGGAUGGAACGGACAUUUAUGAAGAAGUGGAAAGAAAUGCUGAGUGCACAUCAGUUGAAGAAAAGGUCACAAAAAUAGUGGAGGACUAUUCUGUUUACACGAAUGCAAGAGAUGAUGGACAGGUCUUCAGACUCCAUGAUGCCGAACAUUUGACUUGUCCACUGAAUGACGAACCAAAGUACCUUGAAAUGAAACCAGACCGUCAAAACCUGGAAGACCGGAAAACAUACCAUGAGGUUGCAGAUUGCACUGAUUCCAAUGCAGCGUGUCUUUUAAACCACGGCGAGAAUCCUGAACUCGGAGAUGGUGGUAGAAGAGAUAAAGCCAAGGCACCAACAAGUUUCGACAAUCAGAGUAAGGUAAAAGAGGCAUCUUACCAGGAGAUGGAAGGGCCCCAAGAAACUUCAGAAAAGAAGAAAACGGCAGCGAUUGAGACGGCAACAAAUAUUUCUGGUACACAACCAAGACCUGUUGUCACCAAAACACGUCAUCACACAGCGAUUGCUACCAAUCAGAGGGAUGAGAGGAAUUUCAUCAUUUCCAGCCCAAACGAAGAUGAUUUUAUGGAUUUUAAGGAUAUCCAACGGCAUUUCAAACUCAUGAAUGAACUAAGGAAAGUUAAUGCGAGGGUAGCCGAUUUAGAAAAACAAGUCGCAACAAAAGAAGAGCUGAAACUAGUAGAAGCCCAUAAGCAGCAAUUACCAGCUGGUAACGCCUCACAACUUAAGCGCGAUGAAGAUUCGAAAAAAACGAAGAGCAACACCCAUGACAAAAAUCACAAUGACCUCGACUCCGCCAAACCAUUUUGUGAACAUUCACAAAGAAAAGCCAAAUUACACAAAAAAGAAAAUUCUAUAGGGAAAAUGCAGACUAAACAAACAGGACUGCCCUCAACCCUAAACCUGAACUUUGGUCCUCUGAGGGCGAAGCUUGAUCGAGGAGAUUAUCCCAUUAGUCCCCAAGGGCAGGGAAUAAUUGACAAAUUCCCCACCCAUAACUCCAACGACGAAGAAGAUCAGGUCUACGAAGAAAUUCCUGAGAACAUGAGCUGUGGGAAUUCAAAGCGUAAUCAAGAUGAUUGUUCCAAUACUCUCCCACGCCACGUCGAAAAAGAAAAACCCUAUAAUUCAGAUUCGGACGAUGACGACGAUUACGAAGAAUGUUGCGACCGACAUUUUAUCAAUCAAGAACCAAAAAUGUUGCACAAAAACUUUGAUGAAGAAGAAUUUGCAUACUGUGAUAUGAAUGAUAUACCCUAUCAGUCAAAACAGGUCGAAAAAGAAAAACCCUAUAGUUCAGAUUUGGACGAUGACGACGAUUACGAAGAAUGUUGCGACAGACAUUAUAUCAAUCACGAACCCCAAAUGUCGCUCAAAAACUUUGAUGAGGACGAAUUUGCAUACUGUGAUAUAAAUGAUGAACCCUAUCAGUAUGUGGAAACUAAUCGAGUCAGUGAGAGAGUGGACGAUGAAGACAGACUUGGUGUAAUCUCCUCCAAAACUGUAGAGGUGACAAAAGGCGACCGAGUAUCGCGUUAUCUGCAGCUUGACAACCCUAGCGAGGAGGAAGAUUCUGUUUAUGUUAAUGUCGAAGAUGAAGAAAGUGAUUCAGACCAACUCAAACAGAAUGUGCUUCAAAUAACGGACAAAAGAAAGAGAGAGGCCACGUCUGAAAAAAUUACUGGCGAACAAGAAACCCGUAACUUACAUGAACUACUUGUAUCAGAACUCCCAAGUGUGUGAUAUCCUCUCGCUGGGUAACCGUCCCCUGGAGUAUGCAGAGCAGGUUAUGUAACUCUUUGACAUUUAAUUACUAAGCGAGAAGAUAUUGAGUAAAUACUCAGUAUUAAAUAAUUUGUUAUGAUGUGACCGAAGUGAAAUCUUUCGAAGUACAUGAACAACCACGUCAAGAUACUACAAACUUUUGUGAACACCUUAACUUUUCGAUCGGUAUUCAUAAAGUUUGCUGUGUUUGGCUCUGAUGGGGGGUGGGGAUGUGCAAAAGUGACGGUAGAAGACUAGCAAACUAUUUUGUAUUAGUAAUAGAUUCUUUUUAACUAGAGUGCUUUCUUUUCGAUUUCAUAUAUAAUACAUAUGUGUUAUUAACCAAAAAGCGUGACGUCGAGAUGGCCGAAUAUUAGCAAAGUUCUAUUUAUGCGUUGUUAGGGACCGAGACCAAUUCGAAGUCUGCAAAAACGUACAGAAAAAGCGAGGCUAAUUUCCUGCCAUCUUAGUCGAACAAGCUUGGUUAAUAAAGAAUUUAUUACAUAGCAAAAAAAUCGAUUUCACGGAAAUCAAGAAUAACUUCUUUAUUUCAAGAGCCGGAAAAAAUAGACCUGCGUUAGUAGGGCAAUAAAAUCAUAGCAUUUGUAUUGACUAUCUGCAGCUGCUUUUUGCGACUCCAUCGCCGACAUUGUCAAAAAAUCAUGAACUUUGUAAGUCCGCUCCAAUGCGCGGCGCAAUCUUCUCCUUGCGCGGGAUCAAGAGCGACGGUAUACCGAAAUGAUACCGAAACGAUUCGAAGCUUUGUUGAGCUCUCUCCAAAUCACUUUUUAGGAUUAAACUACUAUUUCUAGAGACGUUUUAUGUCUUUCAAUGUGAUGAUUUCGUUGUGGAACGAUUGUGAUUGGAUUUCUUUGCUCUGUAGAAAAACUGUGGACUUCUUGAGAAAAUGAAAUGGAGCGGCGUUUCCUCUCGGUGAAGAAACUCAUCAGAUAAUUUAAGAAUUUUAAAAUAAACAAACAAAUGUACUACGCUUCAGAGCACGCGUGGAUCUUAGCCAACAUAAUUUUAAAUGCGUUGAAACCGCCGAACUUUCUCCCGCAACACGAAGCCGCAGAAGCCUUCACUUGGGCUUAGCUCUUACGUUCGUAAAAAAGUAAGGAAGUCCUCCCGAAGCGAGAAGACCGACGGUAUACCGAAACGAUUCGAAGUUUUGUCGAGCUCUCUCCGAAGCACUUUUUAAAAUUAAACAACUAAUUCUAGAGACGUUUUAUAUCUUUUACUGUGAUGAAUUUGUGGGAUUCGUUUUGUGGUUUAUACUGGCUUAUAGCCAGUAACGCACUCUGCUGUACUGAGUGACUAAGUUAUUUUGGAACGCUUCGUAAGCUUUUGGAGCAAUCUCACAAAGUAAGACCGAAAUCACCUCGAGAUUUACUUAAAUUCUUUAAAUCGAUCUUCACCUUUAAGAUAUAAAUUAA